AUCAUAAAGUAGUCACUUGAACUCAGGACUGCAGUAAAGUCAGGAACGGUAGCGGUUUAAGGGAUCGGCGCUGACAGUCACAGUGUCGCACAAGCCGACACGCCUAAUCUAUAGCAGCACUUGCUGGUAUAGGCCACUCGAUGCUAUAGCAGUGUUGAAGAGGCGACAUAGCAGUGUCGAGAAAGCGCCAUGUCGCAACCGAGUCCCCCGUCAUCGCCCGUGGCGCUGGUUGACCAACACUACUACUUGAAUGAUAUACAAGUAGUCGACUCGCUGUUCAUCAACUUGCUGUGGGGAAGCGUUUGUCUGCUGCUCUUUGUCGCGUUCCGCGGAUGGCUCAAGGGCCCGGGCGGCGUGUUCCAACGUCGUCAUGAGCUGCAAGAUCUUUUCAUGCGCCCCCCACGGAUGCUCGUACACACCGCACGACAAAUGUGGAACUGGAUCAUGCCCAUGCUGGCCAUCUCGGAUGCGGACAUCAUCAGAUCCAACGGAUUUGACGCCCUCAUUAUGACGCGGAUCCUGUUGAUCGGGCUUCAGAUGAUGACUCUUAUGACCGUGCUGGGCGUGGGCGUGCUGAUUCCCGUGUACUACACACGCGGCAAGAAUGUGGAGGGCUCGGCGGGAGUGCUCGCGCUAAUGUCUAUCUCAAACCUCGAGAAGAAAAGCAAGAUUGGCCUCGUGCCCUUCUUCUUCACUUACGCCUUUUGCAUCGUCUGCUGCUUCGUGCUGUGGAUCAACUGCAAGUGCUACGUGCAGCUGCGUAACGCCUACUUCCUGUGCCUUGAUGCGCUCCCGCAAGAAGAGACGCUGGCGGCGGCGGCAGCAGCGGAGGCGGCGGAAGCCGCCGCCACCGCCGCCGCUGGGGCAGCCGCCGGGACGGCAGGGCAGCAGCAGCAAGCACACAAGCCACAGGCGGGCGCGGUGGCCGAGUCACGCGAGCAGGGUGGCAGGACAAGCCAGCAGCAGCCCAAACCCGGGCCCGCGAGUGCCGGUGCCGGGACUGGGUUUGACCCCAACGUCAACGGUGGGCAGCAGCAGCAGCAGCGGCAGCAGCAGCAGCAGCAGCAGCAGCUGCUGCGGAUGGAGGAGUUGUUGGCGCAGGCGGAGGUGGCGGGCGGCUGCGCGGGAGGGCCCCCAGCCUACACCGGCGUGGACGUGUACCUGAGGGCGGCGGUGCAGGAGCAGGAGAUGAAGGAGGCGGGGGCGCGGGCUGCUGCGCCGGCGGCUGCAGCAGCCACGGGCGGUGUGGCGGCGGCGGCGGUGGGUUUAGCCCCAUGGGUCGCCACACGUGGGGGCGUGCUGUCGCCGGAGAUGCCGCUGGGGAGCACGUGGCUGAAUCUUGGCAACUUCGUGAACCCCGCGCUGCGGAUGCUGCUGGACCACCUGGACUGGAUGAGCCCCUUGCAGCGCGCCGCGGCGCACUACGGCAUCCGCAACCUGCGAUGGCCGUACCCCUGGUCCGACCAGCCGCCGCCGUACGCGUGGCAGUACGACCCCAGCCGCCAACCGCUGCUGGAGCUGGACGAUGAGAUGGAAGUACGGAUGAAUGCCGUACGUCGCCGGCGCAACAGGCAGCGGCAGCUGGAUGGGAACGGGGCCGGCGGCGGCGGCGGCAGCGGCAGCAAACGGGGGGUUGCGGCGGGUAAGGCGGGCGGCGGCGACGGCGGCGGCGGCGGCGAUGACGGGGUGUACGGCAACAUGGAGGUGGUGAUGCCGGCCGUUCUGCCGUACUGGCGCCCCUCCAAGUUGUGGCGACGGCUCAUGGCGGUGGGGGGCGUCACGGACGCCGCCACAGCCAGAAGUGGAAGUAGCAGCAGCGGCAGCGGCAGCCACUGCGUCGUAGGCAUUGUGGACAGCAGCCUCAUUGCCGCCGCCCAGUCCUCGUCGCGCACUGACUCACCAGUAGCAGUCGCGGUGCCGCUGCCGGCACCGCCCUCUCAACAGCAGCAGCACAGCGCCGCCGCCGCCGCCGCCGCCGCCUGCCCUGUCGGCUGGACAGAGGGAGACUGCAACAACCUGCCGCCGCCGCCGCCUCUGCCGCGGCCGGUGCCGGCAGCCGCCUCUGCUGCUGCUAGCGUAGGCGCGGGUGCCGCCGGCCGUGGCACGUCGUCCGGCCUGAGCCACACAUACCUGCGCCGCCGUGUCGCAGCCCUGCAUGCGGAAGCUGCAGCCCUGGCAUCUGCUGCGGCCGCUGCCGGUGCUACAGCCGAUGCUGCUGCUGCGGGCCAGGCUGGCGCCGGAGGGGAUGAUGAGCUGUACGUGCGCCACAGCAACACCAUUGCGCAGGCGGUGGUGGCCGCAUUGGCGGCGAGCGGGCCAGCAGCACCGGCAGCCAGCACUGGUGCUGGGGCCGCGGCGGCGGUAGCAGGCGGAGGUGCCGCCGCCGACGGCACCAGCGCAGGCGCGGCGGCGUGGCGGCGGCUUGCGCAGCCGCUGCAGCCGCUCCUCCCCGGCAAGCGCAACGCCCGACUGACGCAGCUGCUGCGAGUGCCGCUACAGCCGCUGCAGCCACUGCAGCCGCUGCAGCCGCUACAGCCGCUACAGCCACUGCAAGCAACCGAUGCUCCUGCCGCCGCUCCCGCCGGGGGCGCCGCCGCUGCCAUGCCCACGGCAACGGCAACGGCCGCCGCAGCCGCGGCCGGCUCAGCGCCUGUGCGUGUGGUGAACGCCUCUCACUACGUCGUGUUGUUGCACCGUGUGACUGCGAAGCGCGGCCCCGACCUGCUCGACCGCUUGGCGGCCUUGGGCUACGUGUCCAACGCGCGUUUGCGCACCUCAACGUCGCGGCUGGCGGAACUGCUGGGGCUGCGCAAGCGCCGCCAGCAGCAGCAGCAGCAGGCGCAGCCGCAGGACGGCGGGGGAGGCGGGGGAGGCGGUGGAGUGGGCGAUUGGGCGCCGCAGCAGAGGGGCAUGAAGGCGGUUGUGCAGCGGUACUACCGCCUGUUCUAUGACAGUGGACACGAGUGGCGGGGCGAGGAGGUUCGGCCUCUCAAGGCGCCGGUGGCGGCGGCUGUGGCGGCGGCGACUGUCGGCGGCGGCGCAGGUGGUCCCGUGGCGGAGGCGGUGGAGGGGAAGGGGGAGGAGGGCACCGCCGCCGGGGGUCCAAGGAGCGCAGCCGCAGCCGCAGCCGCAGCCACGGCCACAGGUGUAGGUGGAGCUGGCAACGGCCGCGGCAGCGAUGACGGCGGCGGCGUCGGCGGUGGGGGCGUCGGCGGGGGCCAGCACCUGUGGCGCUCGCCGGCGCUUGGCCUGAAGCGCACCGAGACCGCACGCAUCGAGGCAGACCUGCAUGAGGAGGCGAGGGCGGCGGCGGAGCAGGAGGCGGCCGCGGCGGCCGAGGCGGACCCCAAUGGCGCCGCGGUGGCUGCGCAGCUGACGCGUUUGUUCCCGGGAUCGUUCCUGGGUCUUGUGCCCGUUGCAAAUCACGACGAGGCCGACAAGCUGAUCUAUGAGUGGGACAUGGCGAUGCAGCAACUCGGGGACUCGGUGUACGACAUGCGGGUGGAGGGGGAGCGGGCGGCAGCGGCGGCGAACGCACACGUGCUUGCCGGCGGCGGCGGAGGCGGCGGGGACGUGGAGAUGGGGGGCGUGGGGGGCGUGGGGGGCUCCAAGUCGGCGGCGAGGGAGCAGCAGGCUGCGGCGGCGGCGAGCUCCCGGUUGGCGAAGCUGCGAGCGGAUGUGGAGAAGCAGCAGGCGCAGGUGGUGGAGCUGGAGGUCCGGAUUGAGGAGGCGCGGCAGCGGGCGCUGGCCCAGCCCACAGGCUACUCCUACUUCGCCUUGUUCAACAGCUCCCAGGACGCCCAGCUACUGGCGCAAUGCCGGCGAGUGGUGCCGCCGCGGGGCCCGGGCGCGCUGCUGUCGUUCGACGUUAUGCCCGCACCCGCGCCCGACGACGUCAACUGGAGCGCGCUGUGGGUCACACGCGGCUGGGAGCGUGCCCUGCGCGGCACUGUGUUUUGGAUCCCGCUCGUCAUCACCUUCCUCAUCCCCAUCGGGCCGCUGCAGGGCGCGCUCACCAGUCUGACCACGGCGCUGUGCUCGGGCACCUCCAGCACCGGCGCCGGCAGCAGCAGCACCAACGGCCUGUACGUAGCCUGGUGGUGCGAGACCAACGGGUUCGCGAUGCGGCUGCUGCGGGCCAUCGUGACCGGCAUCAUGCCGUCGGUCAUCGGGUUCCUGUGGGAGACCUUUGCGAUGCCGCAGUUCCUGUUCUUCGCCUCGAACAUCCGCCGCCGGCCGGUAUCUCUCAACGGAGUCGAGCGUGAGAUCCAGGCUUGGUUCUGGUGGUACGCGCUGCUCAACACCUUCAUCGGCGCAGUGCUGGGCGGCGGCAUCUUCUCGCAGGUCGGUACCUUUCUGGAGGAGGGCCCGGGCAACAUGCAGACUCUGCAGCGGGUGGGCACCGGCGUCGUGAAUACUGCCAACUUCUUCAUCCAGCUGGUCAUCGCUCGUGCGCUCUUCACCAACUGCCUCAAGAUUGUGUUCCCACACGAGGGCUCCAUGUUCACAUCCAUGUUCAGGUCCUGUCUGUGCAUGUGCCGGCCCAAGAACAUGCGUGUGUCCGCCUUCAUCCACCAACCGCCCUCGCUGCGCUCCGCCACCCUGUACAACUCAAUGAUGAGCGUUAUGCUUUUUGGCUUCGCCUACGCAGUCAUCUCGCCCAUCAUCCUGCCAUGCUGCUGGUUCUACUUCCUCACCGGCUUCAUCAGCUACCGAUACAACCUGGUCAACUUCUACGAACGCGGCUACGACUCGGGCGGCCGCAUGUGGCCGGCGCUGUUCGGCCAACUGGUGGGCUUGCUGGUGGUGCUGGAGGUCCUUACCGGCACCGUGCUGCUAACCAACCAGUCCUGGGAGCUGGCCGCAGUCAUGUGGGGCACUCUUACACCCGCGUUGGCGUACUUCUGGGCCAGCUGCAACCGCACCUAUCUGGAGCCGCUCAAGCACCCGCCGCUGUCUCUCGUGGCACGCGAGCCGCAGGGCUGCGUGUCCGUAGACCCGCUCGUGUAUGUGCCCUGCGCCAUCCGACCCGGCGCGCUGGGCUGGUACCCAGAGCAAGGGAAGGUCUGGCAAAAGUAUGCGCUACCCAAGCAUCACUGGUAGCCACGCGGCUGCGGCGGCUGCGGACGGGCUGGACUGUCGGGAGUGCGCCGUGGCAGGGUCGUGCUGGCAUCGUGGAGGCACGAACACAGCACCGCAACGUGCGCCAAACCUGAACUUGGAAAGCGGUGUAAGGUGAGUUUUUGCUCGGAUAUGAUGUAAUGGGUGUUGCAGAAUGGGCGGAGCCUUGGCCUGCUGGGCUGAGCUGGGCCGCAUGUGCGGCCGCGUGUGCGGCCACGAACCAGACGGAGGGUUCUUUUAUUGGGUUCCGCAUCGGGUGGCCCCGUCUUGUGCUGUCGCAUGCACGGACACGUGCCCUGGAGCCUGUAGGCGUUUUGCACUUGUCGGGCGCAGGCGCUGCGGUGUGCGUGCUGGUGUCGUGUGUGAUGUGAGCGACAGAGCCUCAGAACCUGCAGCCACAGUGUCAACUGUGUUGUUUCGUGCGCUUUUGCUCCGGACGAGAGGCUGCUGGCGAAGGCAUGGUCAGGCAAAGGCCCGGGCCAUGCUGCGUUUGGCAAGAUCGCAACAGGGGUGACGGCGUUGUGGCGGAGGGAUGAAGUGAUGAUUGCACCCAAGCCCGACCCUUCCAAUGGCAAAGCUAAAAGCAAGACAUGAUAAAUAACGAAUCAUCUGGCUGGCUGCGAAAGGGCUGGGGCCAAGGCUGGGGCGUGUCUGCCAGGCUGUCGAGUACGCUCUGAUGGACGCCGUAAGGAUGCGAAUUACAAUUGAAGGGACAGUCCGACAAGCGGUAAGGCGAUCAACUCCCCCGCAGACUUGGCCGUUCGCAUCACAUAGCUACCGACGUUCCGUAUUAUUGUGUUAUGAUUGCCAAAUAGGCAUCAUCCACCGCGGCAAAUCCGCGUCGUGUAACCCGUCGAAGCUCGACGGCUCCGUGGCGUAAUGGUGGCGCGUCGGAUUCCAAUGAUUGUUGGUCUUAUCCGAAGGUUGGGGGUUCGAUCCCCUCCGGGGUCAGUUUUGCCCGCCCGUGAGGCAGGGUCUUGCCUUGCGCGGCCUGGAAGGCUUUGCCCCGUCUGGCCCUUGCAGGGGGAGCGCAUCUGCGCAUGCCCCGCCUGGUAAAUCUUCCAGUCAAUACUUGUGUUAGUUUAGGCCUCAUACAGGCCGCUUCACCCUUGGCUUCACUUGUAAUCCGCAGCCUCAUGAAGGCGCACGUGCUAGACAUCUAGUACUUGCGUCAGAGUCCAGUUGGAGGCGAUGUGACGCUUGGCCCUAGCAGUUUGGCGCCCAUGUCAGCGCCACGAGUGCGGGACAUACCUACGGACCUGUCCCACCACGCGUCUCACUUGCAGCCUGCAAGAUCAACCCUUGCGGCCCUUGUGCCAGGCCAUCUAUGCCAGGGGCAUACCAAUCGGACCACCGUGAGGUAGGAAGUGGUAGGACGCGCCCUACCUAUACCGAGAGCAUUGUGCCACCUGUCACGUUCAGGCAACUUAACCACGUUCAUAGAGCGUCAUGCGCAGGAAGGAUAACCGGAGGCAGGUUCCGGGCAGCCCACAGCGAACUGACUGGCGGAUUUGGAUCAACGACCAGU